CAGAAAUGUCAGUGGAAUGCUCUUCGUAAUUUUGACAAUUUUAGCAUGUGUGUCACAUGGGGAGAUAUUUUUUAAUACAGACGAUAACAGCACCAUUCAAAAUUAUGAUAAUGAACCCACAUACAAUAUUUAUAAAUGGGUACAGCAAUUACAGCUGCAGACUUGCGUUUUUGUUGGAAUAGGACUUAAAUAUUAUGCUUUAUUUGUUGAAAAUGUUAAUUACAAACAAAACAAUACUAUAAAAUCAACCAACUAUUUCUUAGGAAUAUGUCACUACUCUACGUUAGAAACCUGGAACCUUUGUUCUAAUAGUUUAGCCAAAACGAGACGACACAAAUGCACGUUCAAACUUAAGCCAGGAGUUUAUCAGAGUCGGGUACACAGACGGUUCUGUGAUUUUAAAGUGAUGAUCAAAAAUAAAGAUUGCAGUUGUAUGUCGUCGAUUUUACAGGAGAACUUAUAUAAAGUAAGAGGAUUUCCAAUGUGUUACAUCCCGCCGCUUCCUUACUCCAUAUGCAAAUACAACGUUUGCGGUUUGUCCAAGUGCAGUUCCCUGACAGUUGAAAAUUCCGUAUACUCGGUCCGGUGCGAUGUGGCUUGUAUGACUGGAAAUCCGUUUUGCGAAGGACCGAUGCACCGGUCGUCCGCUCCACCAAAAAUCAACUCGCAUUGGUCGAAGUGGAGUCAUCAGGAAAUCGCAGUCGCGGAUGCUAGUGAAUCACGGCCCAGCAGGACUUCCAGCGAACCGUCUACUAGCAAAAAGCUACAUUCGGUCGCUACAUGCAUAAAUAACUAUAGGAACUCAAAAGGUUUAGAUUGUCUUGGGCCCGGAACUGGAUGCUGUCCACCAAAUUCAAGCAAUUGCGUUUGUGAAACUGACGAACUACAGGGUGGACUAGUAUUAAAAAGAAGUUACGAAUUGCAGAUAAAACGAAGAAGAAAUCCGUCAUUUAAAAUUCAACGACCUUUCAAACGAAAUACUAGAGAAUACAAAAGGCUGCUAAGAGAUACCAGCAACAAUAUGGACGAUGACGAAGAAGAUGACGAAGAUCUAGAUGAGGAUAUAGUGUUGGAAGAAGACACAACAGAAACUACACCUAGCACUACAGAAUACUUGGAAAAGGAAGAACUCGAAGAAGAAGUUGGCAAGGAUUUACAGGACAGGAUCACAUUGAUACGGAAAAAUAAUAAUUCCACCAAAUCAGGGGGCACAAAAUUUAAAUGUGUAUCAGAAAAAUUUAUAAGUUGGUUAUUGUUCACAUUAGUAUUUGCAUUUUUAUAGAUCCUAAUAAUCGCAAUUAAAUAUUUAAACAUGAA